GCUCCGGCGGGGCGCGCGCUCGGCUGCAGCCUAUUGUCUGGCCGGGGUCUCGCCUCCCGCGGGGCGCGCUGAUUGGCUGGCUCGGUCUCCCUCGCCCCCCCCCCGCGGCAGGCGCCCCCCGCCCAGCCGCCGCCGCCGCUCCUUUUUCUGCGGCUCCCGCGACCGGGGCGCAUCUGCGCUCCUGGCCCUGCUGGAUGCGGAGGGCGCCGCCGCCGCCGCCGCCACCGCCGCUGCAUGGGGGAAGCGCCGCCGCCCCCCCCGCCUGGCCGCCUCGCCCCUCGCCCGCGCCCCUCGGCAAGAUGAUGAAGUUUCGCUUCCGCCGCCAGGGCCACGACCCCCAGCGGGAGAAGCUCAAGCAGGACAUCUACGCCUUCAACAAGAUGGUGGAGCACGGCUUCCCCAAUCAGCCCAGCUCCUUGGCCUUUGACCCCAAGCUGUGCAUUAUGGCCAUCGGAACCAAAUCGGGAGCAAUCAAAAUCUACGGUACUCCUGGGGUGGAGUUCACGGGGCUGCACAAAGAGACAGCAACCGUCACUCAGAUGCACUUUCUGCCUGGACAGGGUCUCCUGCUUUCCCUUCUGGAUGACAACACUCUCCACCUCUGGGACAUUUACCAGAAAGACGGCUACUCCCACCUGGAAGAGACCCGGAGCUUUGUCCUCCCCGGACAGCCAGGGUUCGACAACGCUAAUUCUCCUCCCAGCAUCACCCGGGUGACAGUGAUCCUCCUGGGGUCCAACUCCAACUGCAGCAUCGCCUACCUUGGCACUGAAGGGGGUGGCAUCUACUUCCUGGGACUUCCUGGUCUAACGCUGCUGGAGGGCAGCACCCUGUACCAAGAUGAAGUCCUGCAGAGCGUGCCUGAGGACUACCGAUGCGGGAAGGCCCUUGGGCCAGUAGAAUCUCUUCAGGAACAUCCUCAAGACUCGGCGAGAAUCCUGAUUGGAUAUAGCAGAGGCCUGAUGGUCCUGUGGGACAGAAGCUCAAGAGAAGUUCAUCAUCUUUUCUUGGGCAACCAGCAACUGGAAAGCGUCAGCUGGGAGCGGAGUGGCCGGACCCUGGUCAGUUCUCACAGCGAUGGGAGCUACGCCUUGUGGUCGAUGGCAAACGGUUCACCCAAGACCCUGCAGCCAACAACUUCCACCAUCCCUUAUGGUCCGUUCCCCUGCAAAGCCAUCAACAAGAUCCUGUGGCAGACCUGCGACUCAGGGGGCCACUUCAUCAUUUUCAGCGGGGGGAUGCCCCGUGCCAGUUACGGGGACAGGCACUGCGUGACCAUCCUGCAGGGCCAGGCCUUGGUCACGCUGGACUUCACAUCGCGGGUGAUUGACUUCUUCACGGUGGGCAGCACGGAGGCUGAGGACGAAUUCGACAACCCGGCAGCUUUGGUGGUUCUAGUGGAAGAGGAGCUGGUGGUGAUCGAUCUGCAGACGUCGGGCUGGCCCACGAUCCCCGCGCCCUACCUGGCCCCUCUCCAUUCCUCGGCUAUCACCUGUUCCUACCACAUCUCCAACGUCCCUCUCAAGCUGUGGGAGAGGAUCAUCAGUGCUGGAGAACAGCAGAGCCCUCGCCUGUCCUCGGUGCCUUGGCCCAUCGAUGGAGGGCGCCCCCUUGCUCAGGAACCCACCCAGAGGGGGCUGCUCUUGACCGGGCAUGAAGAUGGCACAGUGCGUUUCUGGGAUGCUUCCGGAGUAUCCCUCAAGCCACUAUACAAGCUGGGCACAGCCAACAUCUUUCAGAUGGACUGUGAACACAACGACAGCUUGAAUCAAUCCUACGAGGAGGAAUGGCCCCCCUUUCGGAAGGUUGGCUGCUUUGACCCUUAUAGUGAUGAUCCCCGGCUGGGUGUCCAGAAGAUCACUUUAUGCAAAUACACAGCUAAGAUGGUGGUUGCUGGCACGGCAGGGCAGGUGCUGGUGAUGGAGUUUAAUGAUGAGAAGUCCGAACACAUGGUCAACAUUGCUGUGGUGGACCUACUCCAGGACCGUGAAGGCUUCACAUGGAAGGGGCAUGACCGGCUGCCUCCCAAGAAUGGUGCCUUCUCCUUUGCCCCCGGCUUCCAGCCCAGCGUCCUCCUGCAGUGCCUGCCCCCCGCAGCUGUCACAGCUGUCACCCUGCAUUCAGAGUGGAACUUGGUGGCCUUUGGAACCAGCCACGGCUUUGGCCUGUAUGACUAUUACCGCCGGAACCCUGUGCUGGCCAGGUGCACUCUGCAUCCCAAUGAUUCUCUCGCAAUGGAAGGCCCCCUCUCACGAGUUAAGUCCCUGAAAAAGUCCCUGCGCCAGUCCUUCCGUAGGAUCCGUAAGAGCCGCGUGUCGGGCAAAAAGAGAGUCAUGGCCAGUAGCCCCUCAAGCAAGGUACAGGAAGCAAAUGCCCACCUGGCUGAGCAACCUGGUCCCCAUGAGGUGGAGAUGGCACCCGUCCAGCGACGGAUUGAACCUCGCUCAGCAGACGAUUCACUGUCUGGGGUUGUGCGUUGCCUCUACUUUGCAGAUACCUUCCUCCGAGAUGCUGCACAUCAUGGACCCACCAUGUGGGCCGGCACCAAUUCGGGCUCCGUCUUUGCCUACGCCCUGGAAAUCCCUUCCCAGGAGAAAUUUUCGGAGCGCUCGGUGGAGGCGGUCUUGGGCAAGGAGAUCCAGCUUAUGCACCGGGCGCCAGUGGUCUCGAUAGCCGUCCUGGAUGGCCGAGGGAACCCUCUGCCGGAACCCUAUGAGGUCUCUCGGGACCUGGCCAAAGCCCCUGACCUGCAGGGCAGCCACUCGGUUCUCAUUGCCUCUGAAGAGCAGUUCAAGGUCUUCACCCUCCCCAAAGUCAGCGCCAAAACCAAGUUCAAGCUGACCGCCCACGAGGGUUGUCGUGUCCGGAAAGUGGGUUUGAUGAGCUUUGCCAGUGCCACCUGCGAUGACUACGCGGAGAACGGGCUGGCCUGCCUCACCAACCUGGGUGACCUGCAUGUCUUCACGGUGCCCAGUCUGAGGCCGCAGGUCCACUACGACUGCAUCCGCAAGGAGGACAUCAGCGGCAUCGCCUCCUGCGUCUUCACCAAGUACGGCCAAGGCUUCUAUUUGAUCUCUCCGUCAGAAUUCGAACGCUUCUCCUUGAGCACUAGAAAUAUCACCGAACCGCUGUGUGUGCUGGAGAUCAGCCGCACCUAUGACAUCAUUUCCCCAGGAAAUAACUUCACAGCAACGCCAAAACUAAGCCAGGCCAACGGGACACACGUUUUACAAGGAUCAGAGGCUAAUCAUUCCCCUGCAAGCAACGAUCGGUCUCCCGAAGACCCCCCAGCACUGUUUGCCUCAACGCCGAUCGACUCCCCCGACAGCAGCAUCGACACCCCCUUAAAUACCACUGGAGAUAUUACAGUCGAAGAAGUGAAGGAUUUCUUGGCGCCCUCCGAGGAAGCCGAGAGGAAUCUGCGGAACAUCAGUGAGGAGGAGGCCCGAUCUCCAGGGAUCCUCAUUAAAUGAGGGACCCUGCACUGUCCCACGUGAUGCUUGGAGCUUCAGGACCGAGACUGCUCACUGUUCUUGCAACAAACUGCUGGUCCUACCUCUCCUCCUCCUCCUCCUCCAGACUCUUCCCUGUGUAUUUUUUACAAGGACAAAAUAGUUGCCAUCUUUUUCUAACAUGUGGCCGGCCUGGAAGUGGACAGGCGGCAUCUCUUCCUCGGUAACUCUCCCAAGUUUGCAUUUUUGAUAGAUAUAUAUGUCUAUAUAUGUAAAAAAAAAAAAAAAAAAAAGGAAAAGAGAAAAAAAAACCCACAAAAAUGUGCCAACGUCCUGGAGGAACCACUUUUGGAGCAUCUGCUCUUCCAUUGCACAGAGACUUGGGGACUUUAAACGUUUUCUUUUGAAGACAGAGCCACUGGGAGGAGGAGGAGGAGGAGGACCAGGCCACCUGGGCUGAGAACCCCCCCCCCCAGGAAACUAUUGGGAUGUUUUGGCCCAGCUGGUCCUUUGAUGGAGGAAAGGGGCUUUCGAUGGAGCGACGGAGGGAGGGAUUUUGCUGCGAUGCAACACUGGACAGUUCCUUGGCCUGCCUUUUGCCAUAGGUGGGAAUGGCUACCAAUGCUCAGAUUCUUCUGAUCUUGCUUGAAGCAUCCUCUCCCCUCUUCAGAACCCUCCCCAUGUCUGGGCUGAGCUCCCUGAGAAAAGGUGUACUGGAUCCAAUGAGAAAUUAUGUAUUUUCUUCUCAGAGGACACAAAAUGGGAAGUUGGAGGCCAAGAACAGAUUUGAAGAAAGGCUUUCUGUGAUACUGAUGGAAACCGACCUUCCUUUCUCCUCCUCCUCCUCCUCCUCCUCUCUCUCCUUCCCUUCCUUUUAAUUUGGAGGAAACAGUUGAAGAUUUUUUUUUCUUUUUUCAUUUCUUUGUUACACAGGAUCGGGAAUAUUUAUCCAAGCACAAAGCAAAUUUUGUGAAAUAGGAAGUCCUAGGACUGCAAGAAAAUUAUAGCAGUCCAACACUCUGCAAGAAAUACUAUCAUGCCUUUCUGAUAUUGUUCACUUUUCCUUCCUCCACCGUGUUAGUUGAUACGUCCAGGAUGAGGGGUAAGAAAAUCCCUGAGUCAUUCUAUUCAUUUGCCUCUCCAAUAAUUUAAUUUGAUGUGCAAACAGAAGUGAUUUCUUCUCCUUCCUAGCUGCCUGUGGGCCCAAUUUGAUUUUAAACAGAUUCGUAGAUUUUGGGUUAAUUAGCAAUGCCAAAGUAGUUUCCUCUUUCCUUUCUGAAAUUCCAAUUUCCUGAGGGGGGGGGGUUGUGUGUGUUGGGGAGGGAAAAUGAAUUGGGCUUGGUACAGAGUUGAUGUACAUCUCUUAAUCCCAGGUGAUGAUAAGAUGGUAAAUAAGUUUGGCUUACGUUUCUGUGCUUUUUUUCCCUUUCAAUCUGAGAAGGGACUCCCAAGUCUAGGAAGCAAAGCGUUUUUGCUGAGCUGAAGAUGGGGCUUUUGGUCCGGUCUGGAGAAUACAGGGUCUCCAUUGAAUGCCAGCAGCAAUGCCAGCUUCGGACCCCCUGAUGGGCUUUUCUUCUCUUUAUUUGGCCAACUCUUACGACGAGGUGCCUCUGAGACCCCACUCACCAUUUCCCUGAACCUCCAGCUUCCCACCUGUGAAAUCCCGGCUUUGGCUGCCUGCGCUGAAUUUGGCUGAGCCAGCUUGAUUUUUGCCUGGUGAUCGGGGAACACGGCUUCAGGCAGCUCUCUGCGAUGGCUGCUGACUCUCAGCCAAGGCAGGCUGCACACUGCCACAAAGGUCCCCGUGUGUGUGUGUGGGGGGGUCCUCCCUGGCUUAGAAACCCCUUGCUGGGAUUUUUUGCAAGACACAGAUGGACUUUCCAAGAACGAGCUGCGUGUGCAACUGUGCAAAGUUGUGGCAAGGUGUUUUUGUGCACCUUGCUGAGAUCUGGUCCCAAGAAUGGUUCUUUGGCCCUCCUGUCAGAGCGCCCACCCCUCCCCCACAGCUGCCCGGCAUCGUGGACCCCUUUCUCUGGGGCGGAGGUGGGUUCUCUUCUGCUUCACCUCCACAUUGUCCCAUUCAGGUGGGAAAAUUUCUUGUGCCAAAAAAAAAAAAAAAAAGAGGUGAGCCUGUCACACAGACCCGGAGCUCCGUUUUUCUGCUGGGGUUUCUUUUCCUCACGGUUGUUUUUGUGCCAAGAAAACUCCCCUGGGGGGUUGAUAAGAUGGGGAGGCUAAGAAGUGGGGCAGAACACUUUUUAAAAGCUCCCCUUUUUGAUGUAUGUGAGAAUUUGGCUCCCCAGGAAGGAACUUUACAAGUCCACUUGGGUGAAACGGUACGAUUUGAUUCUUGCUCUGGGUCCGUGUGAAUGCCUGACGGGUGUCUGCGUGGGUGGAUGGUGUUGUGUCAUUGUGAGGUGUUUUUUUUUUUUUUGUGGUAGCCACCGAGGGAGGGUGGGCUAGUUUCCUCAUACUAUGACCUCUUCAGAUCCCCCUUUUUUUGGUCCAGGGAAUGGAUUUAGCAUUGUUUAGUAAUUAAUGCAGGUUUUUAAUAAAGGAAGAAUAAAGCAUUUACUAUCUAAAGCA